AUGGGAUGUGAUCCAGAGAAAUUGAUUAAUCUUGUUUUUUUAAGAAAAUCCAUUUACAAUUUUACCGAUAAAAAACAUAGCAAUAAAAUCAUCCAAGACAGAUUUUGGAAUGAAAUCAGCAUAGAAAUGAAAACAUCAGUGGCAGAGUGUAAAAGUAAGUGGGCGUGUCUUCGUAAUAGUUUUGCAAGUGCAUUACGUGAAGAAAAAUCAAAAAAAUCUGGUUCUGCUGCUUCGAGAAAAAAAAAGUGGUAUUUAUUCAAGGAAAUGUCGUUUUUGUCAAGUUUUAUGAUGCAGCUCAAACAAACAUUAAGUAAUCUGAAGGCAUCUGAUGAUGAAAGUGAGGCAACUUAUACUAAGAAAAGUACAGAAAAUGCAGAUUUCAAUGAGAGCAUUAAUGAAAUUGAAAAUGAAGGUACAAAUACUACAUCUUUAAUUGACAGGCAAGACCUGGUAUCUUCUGAAUCUCACCAGUUUAAACAUUUUGUGUUAACAACUUUAAACUUGUACAUCGAUAGUCAAGAAGCUCAAGAAUCAGCAAAUAAUGAUAAAGUAUCAUAUGGUAGUACUACAUCACAUGUACCAGUACAGGAAUUUCAAACUUACAACUAUACUUUCAGCCCACCCGGAUAUUCAUCAUCAAAUAGCUCAUCAUACUGA